AUGGCGAUUCAAAAGAAGCACGGCAAGGGCCGUCUGGACAAGUGGUAUAAGCUUGCCAAGGAGAAAGGAUAUCGUGCCCGAGCGGCUUUCAAACUUAUUCAGUUGAACAAGAAAUAUGGAUUCUUGGAGAAGAGCAAGGUCCUUCUGGAUCUUUGCGCUGCACCCGGCUCGUGGUGUCAAGUUGCUGCUGAGGUAAUGCCGAUGAAUAGCUUGAUAGUUGGUGUCGACCUUGCACCAAUCAAGCCAAUACCCAGAGUCAUAACUUUCCAGAGCGAUAUUACGACCGAGAAUUGUCGUGCUACUAUUCGACAACAUCUGAAAACAUGGAAAGCAGACACUGUAUUGCACGAUGGUGCACCAAAUGUCGGUACGGCAUGGGCUCAGGACUCGUUUAACCAAGCAGAGCUUGCUUUGCAGUCUAUGAAGUUGGCGACCGAGUUUCUAGUUGAAGGUGGCACAUUUGUCACCAAGGUUUUCCGAUCUAAGGACUAUAACCCAUUGUUAUGGGUUCUCAACCAGCUGUUUACGAAAGUCGAAGCCACGAAGCCGCCUUCCUCUCGAAAUGUUUCUGCCGAAAUUUUUGUCGUUUGCAGAGGAUUUAAAGCUCCCAAGCGCAUCGACCCCCGGUUUCUCGACCCUCGCUAUGUUUUCGCGGAGCUUACCGGAGCGACGCCAAACAACGAGGCCAAAGUAUAUAAUCCUGAAGUCAAGAAGAGAAAACGAGAAGGCUACGACGAAGGCGAUUAUAUCCUGUAUAAGGAAGUUCCUGCUAGCGAAUUCAUUCAAACCACUGAUCCAAUCGCUAUUCUCGGGUCUUGUAAUAAGCUUUCAUUUUCGCAGCCGCGCGGUGGCGAUAUAGCCUUGGCCGCGUUGGACAAACUCCCCGAAACUACUGAAGAGAUCAGACAGUGUUGCCAAGACCUGAAAGUUCUGGGCCGGAAAGACUUCAAACUUCUCUUGAAGUGGAGGCUUAAGGCGAGGGGUAUUUUCGGAUUUUCAACAAAGGAGAAGGACCAGGAGGAAGCUGCGAUCGGGGAGGAGGUGGUUGAGGUCGAAUCAAUGGACGAGGAACUUCGCCUCCAGGAAGAAUUGCAAAGUAUGAAGGAUAAAGAGAACUCAAAGAAGAAACGAGAACGACGCAAAGAAAAUGAGAAAAAACAACGCGAGAUUGUCCGUAUGCAGCUCAACAUGGUUGCUCCAAUGGACAUUGGUAUGGAGGAAUCCGGACCAAUUGGAGAGGGUGCCAUGUUUUCUUUAAAGUCUGCGGAUAAGUCAGGCGCAUUACGCAGACUGAAUCGUGGCAAGAUGGUAGUCGUUCCAGGUCAAACCCCGAUAGCAGCCCAGAACGUCGCUGAAGAAUCUGAUGGAGGUGAAAACGAAAACGACGAUGAGGAAGAUCUCCUGGAGCGAGAACUUGAUUCCAUGUACGAAAACUAUCGUGAGCGGAAGGCCGAAGCCGACGCCAAAUAUCGUGCCAAAAAAGCCAGAGAAGAACGUCCCGAUGACGAAUGGGAGGGUCUGUCCGCGGACGAGGAUGCAGAGAAAUCAGAUUCAAGUGAGCUUGAGGAGGAGGAGGAUGACUCUUCAGACGACGAGGAAGACGAACCAGCAAGAAGCCUUUUGACGGAUCUCGAUGACAGUGCACCAUCAUCAGACGGGUUGUCUAAGCGAGCCGCAGCAUUCUUCAGUCGGGACAUUUUCAAAGACUUCACUACCAGCGAGAAGGAUGUUGACAUAAUUGGCAACAAUUUUGCCGAGAAUCUUGCUGUGAACGGCCAAUCUUCCAAGAAUAAACAGCUGAAUGGAGCACAUGCUAGUAGCAAGAAAGCAGUGCAGUCUCAGACUCAGACCAACCAAACUCACUCGCAGGAACAUAAUGACGACGAGGAUAAUGAUUUUGAGGUUGUCAAAAGCAAUAAUGCUGAUGACUGGGAGGAAGACAAGCGCCUUCCAGAUGGGAAACUUGAUAUCGACAUAAUCACUGCCGAAGCAAUGACACUAGCUCAUCAACUUGCCUCUGGUCAGAAGACGAGUCAUGAUGCAAUUGAUGACGGCUUCAAUAAGCAUGCAUUCCGCGAUAGGGAUGGAUUGCCAGAGUGGUUCAUUGAUGAUGAAGGCAAACACGAUAAACCGCACAAGCCCAUUACCAAAGCAGCUGCAAAUGCCAUCAAGGAGAAGCUUCGGGCCUUCAAUGCACGACCGAUCAAGAAGGUUCGGGAGGCAAAGGCAAGAAAGAAGCUUAAGGCUGCUCAAAAGCUGGAGAAGCUUAAGAAGAAGUCCGACAUGCUCGCCAAUGAUGAAGGUAUGACGGAAAAAGAAAAGGCGGAGAGUAUAGCCAAAUUAUUGAGCAAAGCUGCUCGCAAGAAGCCUACACAACCGGCCAAGCUGGUGGUCGCCCGCGGCUUGAAUAGGGGAGUUCAGGGCAGACCAAAGGGUGUCAGGGGGCGCUAUCGCAUGGUUGAUCCUAGGAUGAAGAAAGAGUUGAGAGCACAAAAGAGGAUUUCUCAGAAGAAGAAAAGGUGA